AUGCAUGAUGAGAAAUUCUCAACGUUCAUCACAAGAUGGAAAGACGUCGCUUCAGAUAUGGAUGCACUCCCGUGUGAGACGAAACAAAUUCAAAUAGUCAAAGAAAGUAUCAAUUGGGCAUAUAAUGUUGGAAUGGGCGGUAAUAUGUAUAAAACCUUGGAAAGCCUAAUGAUGUUGAAAUUGAAAUGGACUAGGCUAUGGACAAAGAAAAUCCAACUUCUAAAACCCAGAACAAACAUGACAAGGAAAGUGGAACAAGAAUUUGAAAGAUUGCUCGAAGAAAAGGUAAUCGAGUUAGAAGCUCUAAGAGCUGAUGAACCAGUGAAGUUAUCCUUGAAAGAGUAUUUUCUUGAUCAUAAAAGGUCCUUCCCAUUGGGGACGACACAAGCUCUUGGGUCUAAGAGUUCCCGAGUUCGUUUGGGAACUAGGUUGCCUUCUUUAAGCCUUUGUUUUACAAGCUUAAGCCAUGUAAAUGGAUCAUCACAAGGUGAUGCUCUAUCUAAGUUUUAUAAGGCUAAAUACAAGAAGAAUGGAUCAGUUGUUGAUACACAAGAUUUCAAACCUAUUCUAAGAAAGAAUGAAGAAAGAAUGAUUGAUCAUGAUCAUGAAUGGACAAAAGAGAAUGAUAAGAUCACACAUUUGCCGGGACAACCUCCGGUGAAGUUUGAUCAAUAUGGUGGCUAUAUCAAAGUUAACCCCACUUUUGAUACAUCUCUUUACUAUUACUUUGUGGAAGCAAAUCAUCCAUCCAAAGAGUCUCUACCCCUUCUUCUAUGGCUCAAUGGAGGCCCAGGAUGUUCUUCCAUAGGUUAUGGAGCAAUGGAAGAACUCGGACCUUUCCGAGUUAAAAGCGAUGGAAAAACUCUAUUUUACAACCGAUUUGCCUGGAAUCAAGUUGCGAAUGUUUUAUUUCUGGAAUCACCUGCUGGAGUGGGAUUUUCUUAUACAAAUAACAAAUCGGAAUAUAAUAACACGGGAGAUAAGUUAACUGCGGAUGAAAGCUAUAAUUUCUUGUUGAAUUGGUUGGAGAGAUUUCCCGAAUAUAAAACAAGAGAUUUUUACAUCUCUGGUGAAAGUUAUGCAGGUCAUUAUGUUCCUCAACUUGCUCAAACUGUUCUUGAGCAUAAUAAGAUGGCUAAUAAGACUCUAAUCAACCUCAAAGGCAUCAUUAUUGGAAAUGCUGUGAUUGAUGAUGAACAAGACAACAAAGGAAGGGUACGUUUUUUUAAAGGUUAUGCCGAAAUCUCUAACGAAGAGUGUGAUGACCCAAAGACAGCACCAUUAUGUGCUAAUCCGGAUUAUUAUUUCACACAAGAUAUAGGCUCGCUUAUUAAUAUAUAUAACGUUUAUGCAAGUUUAUGCAAAUCUUCUUAUCUAACCGACGUUGUCCCUAAGCCUUAUAAACUCGGAAAGUUUGAUCCUUGCUCUAGUAAUUAUGUAUCGAAUUAUCUAAACUUGCCUCAUGUCCAAAAAGCCCUCCAUACCAAAAUCACCAAUUGGACUGCUUGCAGCGAUACACUCUUCUACGAUUGGAAAGAUAGUCCAAAAACAACCAUUCCUAUAUUGAAAGUUUUAAUGGCUAAUGGACUUCGUGUUUGGAUUUAUAGUGGUGAUGUAGAUGGAAGGGUACCACCUGCUUCUUCUCAGUAUUCAAUUGAAGCCAUUAAACUCCCAAUCAAGAGUCUUUGGCGCCCAUGGAUCCUCGACCAAGAGGUUGGUGGUUAUACACAAGUUUAUGAAGGAGAUUUGACAUAUGUUACAGUGAGAGGGGCAGGACAUGAGGUGCCAAGUUUUAAGCCUGCAAGAGCUUUAACUCUCAUAUCUUCAUUCUUGGCCAACAAACCUCUACCAUCAAACUAAAUUGUUCAUAAUUCAUUUGGUCAAAUAAAAAUUGGGAACUUUU